GUGUUGUGUUCGUCGCGUAAUUAAGACCUUGAACCAUGUCUAGUAAUUGUUGGUCAAAUGGUAAGCCUGAAAUAGGAAUCAUCGGCGCUGGUAUGUCCGGUCUUUGUGCUGCCGUUCAACUACAAAAAAAGUUGGCAAUCACUUCAUUUACCAUAUUUGAAAAGAACGCUGACGUAGGCGGGAUAUGGUUGAACAACACGUAUCCAGGUUGUGAGUGCGACUCUCCGUCCCAUCUCUACAGUUUUUCAUUCGAUCUAAAUCCAAAUUGGUCAGCCAACUAUGCACCCCAGCCCGAAAUACUGGAUUAUGUAAAACACGUCGCAGAAAAACACAAAAUCUAUGAGCACAUAAAAUUUCACCACGAAGUUAAAGCUCUCACUUGGAAUGAAGAUCUUAAAAAAUGGAUUGUCCGAUAUGCAAAUGCUUUCAUUGAGAAAAAUGAUGACGAGAUACAGAUGUUCGAUAUAGUAGUCAUGGCAGUAGGCACUUUUCGUAUUCCGUGCAUUCCGAACGAAUUGAAAACAUUUUCGGGCCCUACAAUGCAUACGGCCGAGUGGAAUUACGAGAUCAACUUAAAAAAUAAGAAAGUCGCUGUGAUCGGCAGUGGAGCUUCGGCCGUUCAGGUUAUUCCGAAAAUUGUUAAUGAAGUUCAUACGUUGCAUUGCUACCAUCGAAAACCACCAUAUGUUAUUCCCAGACUACAAUUUACCAUCCCCAAAUUCCUGAAAUUGUUUUUCUUUUACAUUCCCUUCUUAAUGUGGCUGUAUCGGUGCUUGGUUUUUAUGCUGUACGAGCUAUUUCAGCCAGCUUAUUAUUGUGGAAGCUUUAUGAAUAAAUUAGUGUACAAAGUAACGAAAGCGUAUCGACAACGUGAACUGAAGAAGCACGAACAUUUGCUGAACGAUCUGACGCCCACAUACGCAUUCGGAUGCAAACGAGUGACCUUGACCGAAGGGUACUAUGCUGCAAUGACUAGUCCGAAUGUUCAUCUACAUUCCAGCCACAUUGACAAAAUUGUCGAUCGAACGAUCUACACAAAAAAUGGAAUGAAAGAGGAAAUCGAUGUUCUGAUAUUGGCGACAGGUUUCAAAGUCCUUGAAUACUGGGGCCCUAUGCAAAUAUUCGGCAAGAAUAGUCACAAUGUCCUGCAAUCUUGGAUCGAUAAGGAACCCCGUAGUUACUACGGAAUCGCAUUCAGCUCUGCGCCGAACCUCUUCGCACUUCUCGGACCUAAUACAGUUGUCGGUCACAAUUCAGUUAUGUUCAUGGUGGAAUGUCAAGUUAAUUUUAUGAUAAAGGCCGUCCGAAAAAUGAUGAAACGAAACGCUGAAGUCAUCAAUUUAAAAGUUGCGGCUGAAGAUGAUUUUAUGGAUAAGUUAAAAGCGAAUUUGAAGGACACAGUAUGGAACAGAGAAGUUUGUGAUUCGUGGUUCACUAACUCAAGAGGUGUGGUAACGACCUUGUGGGGUGGCAAUUGCACCAAAUAUUGGAGGCAGACUAGGACCAUUGAUUGGUCUAAAUUUGAAAUUAAAUAAAAACAUAAAAAGAGAGACCCUUGAAAUGAAAGAACAUAAAUA